AACAGCAGACUGUUUUUGUGCGAUUUCAAUUUUGAGAAAUUAUCAGUGGCACUGGCAUGAAUUGUGGGCGUACCGUAUUUAUCAUUGCACAUGGAAGAUCGAAUGGACUGAGUGUCUGUUGGAGACAUCAGUUGUGUGUUUAGUGCAGAACAGUACACAUUUCAGAACACUUUGUCACUAGAGCUAGAGACAAGAAGCAGGGAUACCAAGUGGAAAAUGUUGGAAGUUAAACAGUGUUCUCUAAUAUUUAUUCUUAUUCUAUGUGUUAAGUAUGGCGCCCCAAUCGAUUGUGAUGCUCCUGGCGACCCUUUAAACAAGGAAGGUAAGCUCAUGAAGCAUCUGUUAUGUUCCAAUUACGACAAAAGCGAACGACCCGUGAAGGAUCAUAACACGGCAGUUAAUGUGACCGUAAUGACGCGUGUUCAGAACUACGAUGUGGAUGAAGGAAGAUCAACACUGUACCUAUAUGUAUGGAUGAGUAUCACUUGGAAGGAUGAGUUCCUGACCUGGGACCAAACAGAGUACGAAAUGAGCAAAUUAAUCGUCGAUUCAAGUAAGAUAUGGCAACCAACUUUUGUUGCCUUCCACAACCUGAAAAGUGGCAAUGGUGAAAACGCUUGUUCAAAUCAUAAUUGUGAGGUGAAGCCUCCCGGAACGGUGAUGUGUGUUCCUCCCUGCCAGUAUGAAGCUCUUUGCGUCAGCGACACCGUAAACUGGCCUUUCGACAAGCUCAAAUGUACAAUGUUCCUGGGCGCUUGGCUUGAAGAUGUCAACCAAAUCAACAUCAGUCGAAUGUCGAACAUAACGACAAUCGACAUUGAGACGGGGCAUGCUGAAUGGAAGAUCCGGUCCGCGAUUAUACUACACAUCUUCCUGCCAGACAAUACUAGCCACCCAUCGUUGGAGUACGUAGUUACGCUGGAUCGUCAUAUUGCCAUCUAUGGUGUUAUUCUAACGCCUGGAUUCUUAAUGAUCAUUAUCAACUUAGUAGUGCUAUGGAUGAACAGCGGCAGCACUGAGCGGCUUUACAUCCUUUGUGCAACUUGUAUGGGUCACUUUACGUACAUGGAGUAUUUGUACUGGCGAGUACCGUACCAUGGCGAGAACGUCCCCAAACUGCUGAUAUUCUUCCGCGAUUCGCUGAUCAUCAAUGUGCUGAUGUUGGGCUUUACCAUCAUAUUGAGACACACUGCACCAAAGGAUGAUAAUUCGGAACGGUUUGUCGAUAAACUAGCCUCCAGAGUAGCUUCUACGAACGUGGGAAGAGUGUUUCUUCAAACGGAGGAUCAGCGUCAUAACAAACAAACUGGUACAACCGAAGAUGAAAAUGGGGACAGGUGUAAUACAGUUGAUGGCGAUACUGUCAAUCUAGUUAAUGAUGCAUCAGAUAUAAAUGCGCCAACUACACGUGUCGUUAGUGCCGGACAGCACGGUACUAAUGUGGUAAACAUUUUCAUGGAUAGGAUUAUGUUUAUUUCAUUUGUUUUAUGCUAUAUAUUUAUGCUCUGCAGCCUUUUGCCGAAAGAAAAUAUAUAAAAUAUAUUGCAGAUGCACACAAUCGCAAAAUAA